UCGAAGGCGUACACGAGGCCAACAAGUCAUAGAGUCCGUCAAAAGUCGUAGUUAGAAGGACCCCGUCAGUGAGACCAGUCAUACAGGAUCAGAAGUGCAAGAACAGUGCAAUAAGUGCAGUGCGAUAAGUGACCCUAAGGAGGAAGAUCACAAAGUUGAGACGCCGAACAAUGAGGAAGUGCACAAGGAUAAGGCUGUUGAGAUGGGGGUGGUGCAGGAGGACGCAACAAGGGCCUGUCGUGGAACGAAAAAGAUUGAUUAAAGAAUUGCAAUACCACGACGGCGCACCUGGCAAGCUGUCCGGAUUUGUCAACGAGGUCGAGCAACUGCUCAAUCUAUACCCCACCCAAGAUGCCCGGCAGGCACACGUAAUAUACGGAGCAGUGAGACGUCUGAUCUUGGAUUCAGUAAUGGAAGUCGCAAUCCAAGCGAGAGCAACAAUAUGGAUGGAUAUAAAAACCACACUGGCAGUAAGGACCAUUCAUUCAAGGACCACAGACCAUUCGUGAGUGAGACAACUGGAGGAGUUAACAUACCCUGGUAGCAUUAGUAAGCUUAUAGAAAAAUUUGAAUUAGAAAGUGAUCCUAUUGAGAAGUCAAACUGUACAGAAAUGUUAAGAAGAACGAUAAAAAUCACAAUAGAUCGAAAAGUGCCAGAUAGAAUAUGCAUGGCACUAGUGCGUAAGGACAUUGAUACUAUUUUUAAAACAAGCUAAUGGAGUUAUGUCUCUAUGAUGCUAAUCCCG